AUGCCACGCUUUCACCAGAUCGUUGCCAACAACCUGAAGAAACUGAAGUAUGUUAAGGACUUCACCGAUAAGGUCAAAAUCGUGAAGGUGGAAAAGGGAGUCGCCCAGUUCGAGCUUCGGCUGGAAAAGGAGCACUGUGACCUGCACGGUGCUAUGCACACUGGCACGGCAUUCAUUCUGAUAGACCUGUACACGUUUGCGACUGCGACCACGCUAUACGAUGAGAGCACGUCGUUCACCAGCCUGAACAUCGAAGCCAGGUUUCUGGCUCCAGCGAUGCUUGGAAACGAGAUCUUAAUCAACUCCCGCGCGGCGGAUCCAAGCGGAAAGACUGCUUUCGCUGAAAUGGAAUUUCUCGACAAGGCCACCAAGCAGGUCCUUGUGCAAGGAUCUCACACCAUGUUCUUGUUCUAG